AUGGAACCCGAAAAGCGCAAAUACGCCGCCGGGCCUUCCCUGCCCUCCACUAGCGAAGACGACUCCAGUAAACGUCGCAAAGUGAUCGGACCAGCUCCCCCUCCUCCAUCUACCACUGCAGACGCCAAUUCCUCCGACAAUAGCUCCUCUGAUGACGACUCUGACGACGACUUCGGACCCAGCCUCCCUCCGCCAGAAGGCACCGUCCCAUCUGUCCCCAAUACCGGCGCAACACAACCCAUCCCCUCCGAAAGUACCUCAGAAGCACCAAAACAACCUCAGCGCGAUGCCUGGAUGCUCGAGCCCAUCGACGGCUCGAACCGCAACUCCCGCGUCGACCCGACGAAAUUGCGCAACCGGAAAUUCCAAACUGGGCGGGGAGCCAACACUACGCCCAGUGCGGGCGGGUUAGACGUUUCCUGGACUGAGACGCCGGAGCAGAAAAUGAAGCGCCUACAGGAUGAGGUCCUGGGUGUGCAAACACGGCCUACUGCCCCUAAUGCGGGCGACUCGGCGGGAGGAGCGCGCGGCGCACAGCCCUCGCGGGCUAUGCAGGAGAAGAUCCACCGGUUCAAUGAAGAGAAGAGAAAAGAGGAGGCGAAAGCGAGGGAUGCGGAGAGAAAGAAGAAGAAGGAUGGAGAAGAAGAGGAGGAUGACCCUAGUGCUCGUGCUUUUGAUAAGGAGAAGGAUAUGGCACUUUCGUCGAAGAUUACGCAUGCGCAGAGACGGGAGAUGAUGAAUAAGGCGGCGGACUUUGGGUCGAGGUUUACGAGUGGGAAGUUUCUGUGA